UUUCAGAUGGAGAAAAGGCGCGGGCAUGGUCCAUCUCGGAACAGAAAUGUGUUCAAGGGUUCUGUUUUAGUCUCCCUGUUAGUGGAAAGUCACCCCAAACGGUUCCCCAACAGAUCUGUGGCCUGCAAACUCGCGCGGAGACUGUUCAAAGACGGGCACAUCACUACAAUAUUUGGCGCCAAGGACUUUGAAGAUUCGGCACAACUCUAUGUGUGGCAGGACGAUGACGUCAUCCGAAAACGAGGUCGUAACGCUAUAGCCUCCCCGACUUCGUCCUCGUGCAGCAAUCCUGUGACGUACUCCAGCCCCAACAGCCUCCACCACCCUCUUUCUCCGGGCUCGGACCUGGAGUGGGAACUCAUCCAGGACAUCCGAAACAAAGUUCUCAACCGCAGCGAGGCUUACAACAUUGUCACUUCCUACAACACUUUCUUCCAGGAGUUAGAACAAGACUUUGGUUACGACCACUCUCGACACUCACCUAGAAAAGGCAUUGCAGGAAGUGAUGUAGGAGGUUGGACUGGAAGUUCGGGGGGCACCCCUCACACAAGCACACUUGAGUUGAAGAAGAAAGAGUGUUCGCCCUACUACUCAACCGAUAGUUCAGUGGAAGGUCAAGGUCAACGCAACAAAAGACACAAAGACAAAUCUCCAAGUAAAGGUGUGAAAAAAGAGCAUGUGCAUCAUUCAGAGGUGUCGGAGAAUAAUCCUGAGAGUCCCUACUCCAAAACUCCUUUCCCAUCUAUAGUGGUAUCUUCACCGCAUUCUCAGAAAGGUACCCUGACAAAUAGCGCACAUGUGGUAAAUUCUGUUCAAAACUGUGACUCUCAAGAUAUCUACAACACACAAGAACCUCUUCUUUCGUCUAACUCUAAGUCAACCCCGCCCCACAUCAAGCAACAGCUACUACAGAGCCAAGACGCUCACUUUGUUCAUCAUCGCCAUCGACCUCAUCAUCAGCAGAAACAUCAUCAGCAGCAGCAGCCUUACCAGACACUUAGUGUCAGCCCUCAAAGACGGGUCGGUGCUCAUGAGGCAGAACCCACAUCGUCACCUCCUCACCCUCUUCCUCCCCCUUUUGCUUGCUCAUCAGCUAACACGGGCAUGAACAUUCAUCCAGACAGUAACGCCAUCAUGGUAAGCCAAGACAGCAGAUCUAGCAGUCACGUGACCGGUUCACACGAUCGUGACGUCAUCAUGGCCCCUCGAGGCGGUAUGAGUGACCUUGACAUUGCUGAGAACACCCAGAACCUUCCAGGAGGAACAGCUGGUAGCCUUGUGUCGUCUGUCGCUACCACAGAGAGUGUGGACAACAACAACACUCUCACGAACUCAGGGAACAACUUUGCCACUGUUGAUACAUUACACCGCAGCAGCAACAGCAGCAGUCACCACAACAGCCAUCAUCAUCAUCAAAACCCCCAUCACCACAACAUCCCCCCUCAGUCUCAGCAACAGCAGCAACACCACCCCCAGAAAUGGAAAAGAGAAGGAAACAACACAACUGUCACGCCAUCUCAACCUCAUCAUCAACAUCUUCAUCCCCCACCUUCGUCCAGUUCUGCCGCCCCUCAAGACAUGAUAGCCAAUUGGCUCAAUGCUGACCCCGUCCCACCUCUUGUUUCUUCAGCAAAGACAGGAGCAUCACAACAACCGACAUCAGCAACUCGUUGGGGCAGCCGUGGUGACAACAACAACAUCACCGCCAGCAACAACAACAGUGACCCCCGUACAGCGGUCAGUUCAGUCCGGACACCCCACAGUGUGGUCAGCUCAGGCAGCCCACCCCGGUGGCCGGAGAACGAAAUGUCAGACGGUAUGGACAGCGGCGGACGAAGGUGGCCCCCUGACACCAACGCCUACUCCUACUCUGACAAUGAAAAACAGCUCCUGGAGGAGAUGAGGAGAAUGAAAAAAGAACACCAGAGUGUUCUGAGGACGUACGAAGGGCGGGUGAACAAACUGAUGGCCAAGAUGCAUGAGUUGAGGAACAUUGCGGAGAUGCUGGAGAACAGUUCGAGCAAGUCCUCGCCCUAUGGAGUCUUGCCGGGGAAACUUGCGCUGCUUAACAUACUCGUGGACAAAGAUGGACAAGGCAAGAAGGCAACGUCUGUCUCCCCAGCUGAGUGUGAGGGAGUCCAGAUCCCUCCUCCACUCCCCCCUCGCCCAGGCCGUGGUCUGAGGGUGUACCCCAACAAACCAAUCAUCCACACGGGGGUCGCCAUGAGGCAGCUGUCCUGGAGCAGGAUUAUUCUGGAGGAUGCCGGUGCUGAGAACAGCAACACAGUGUGGCAAGGAAUGACAGAGCCAAAGAUUGACACUGAUGAGUUGGAAAGAUUAUUUUCUGGUGCUAGCAACGUCUCAGAGGAAGUGAAUCUCUAUGACGACAUCUGUCUCAGGCGGGGACGAUCCAAAUCUCAGACAACUGCCAUUUAUGAUAACGAAAGAUCACAGCGGAUCAUAUCAGAACUCAAAGUCCUUCACUGCACCCUCCCUGAUGUUGUUCAAGCUUUUGUGGCUCUGAACAGCGAUGAUCUCCACACGGAUAGCUUUGCAGAGCUGUUGGAGUUGUUGAAUUCCCAGAGAGAACUGGACAAAAUUCUGCACCAUGUCAAGAGAAAAGGAGCAAGUCAUCUGGAUGUAGCAGAGUUUUUGGUGUUUGAGCUUUCGAAAGUGGAUCACUUCAGAGAGAGGCUGGAAUUUCUGCGUUUUAAAAAUAAACUGCAGAUAAACCUCUUUGAAAUUGAUCAGCAGUUAAAAGAGCUUCACACAGCCUGUGAAGAAAUUACCACAAGUCUUUCCCUGAAGCAUGUCCUGGAGACAGUGUUAGCUGUUGGAAACCACAUGAAUGGUGGCACAGAGAAUGGACAAGCAGAUGGAUUCAAACUGGAUAUUUUGAACUCUUUGAAAGAUAUGCAAGAUCAGAGCCAUCGAGGUAACCUGUUGGAACUGAUCAUGAAGAUCUAUUGCCUCAAGUUUGAGUCAGACACAGACUUUGGCUGCCCGAAAAGAUUCCGAUUGCCAGAACCCUCUAAUAUGAGGCAUGCUGCACAGGUUUCAUUUGAGGAUAUACAGAGAGCUCUUGUGGAGCUGAAGGAAGAGUUGACUCUCGUUAGGAACAAGCUGGAGAAUCUGUCAAAACGAGAAGGGAGCAACCUAACGAUAGCUCUGAGAGUCACUAGCGAGAACUUUAUGACAUCAGCUGUGGAGAUGUUGGCUGAGGAGCAGAAACUUCUAGAAGACACAAGAGGCCACUUUUGGAAAACCACAGCCUUUUUCAGCCUUGAUGGCCAGAGAACUUCCCCUCAUGACUUUUUCCAGAUUUGGGCCUCUUUUCUUCAUGACUGCAAGUAUUACUGGAAACUCGCUCACAGAAAUCUGGCAAAGAUUAAGUUCAAUGGAGACCUCGCUACAAAAAGUCAAUUGUCCUGCUCCUCCCUGCCCGGCUUCAACAACCUCAAGUCAGUGAUGAUGAGGCACGUGGCAUCGUUCCAACAGGACGAGGACAUGAGGGCCAGUAAGGCACAGCAGCUACAGCACAUCAACUCCUGGAUAGAGUCGGUCGGACGCUAUGCCAUGGAGAUGCAGCCAGAGAUGGAACAUCAAAUGGAUUUUCCAGAGAACACGCUGUCUGGACCUCAGGCCUCGAAGAACGAUCAUAUCCACCAAUCAGGAUCUCACUACAACAGUCUUUCUGGCCCCCCUCCCAUGUCACCAAACGAGAAGUCAAAUUCGGAGUUGUAUAAAGAUUCCAAACAUGAACACAGACACCAACACAGUGAGCCUUCACAUCCUAGUAACAAGCAUAUCCAUUCCAAUGUUAGUGCCUUCAAAGAACCAAAUCGUCCUGAAGUUUCAUCUUCCCCCAAACCCAUCAAAGCCACACCUCCAAAUGUCAUCCGUCCUCAACCCCUGCUCCACACCAGCCCCACCAUGUCGUCCCCCUCCCCCACUAACCCUGUCAUUCAACUUGUGCAGCCAUCCAAUCUGAUCCCCAUCUUGCGAGAAGACAGCGAUGACAACUUUGGUUUUGAGCCUCCCUAUGAAACUCUGUCCAAACCCCAACCCCCAAACCAGUUGAGCUCUCCCCUAAGAGAGGAGACAGACAAUGCCAUCUACCCCAGCAGUAGCAACACCAGCACAACGGCUUACCCAACUCUGAACAGUCCUGUGUCACCAGAUGUUGAGGUAGCUCAGAAAAAGAACGCAAACUUCUUCAAAACUCUUUUGAAGAGAGAUCAGAAAAGAUCCCACCAGGCAGGUCACUCGGAAGAUGGAAGCCCCCAUUCCUCUUCUCAACACUCAUCCACCCACAAGAGUGGCUCCACUCCAUUUAACAAACUGAGGAAUACUUUCGUUCAGAAACUCUCAGGAAAUGCAGGGUCUAAGAAGUCAUCUUCCACCGAAGCUCCAAGCUCUCUAGUUCCUAGUCAUCAGGGAGAGGUCCCUCCAAAACCUCCAAAAGGCCUUGUACCUGCAGACAUUGACCAAACACCGUCCCAGAAAGAGUCUAACAAAGACAGCAGCAGCAAACAGUCAUCGUCUAAUUAUGAGGACAACAAAACUAGUCAUGUCAACUAUCAAAAUUAUUACUACCCAGGUCAGCCGAGAAGAAGAGAGGACCCUGUACAGAAAUCUGGGGAGACCGAGAACUUCUCUGCUACAGGCUACUCUGGGAUAAGAGAUGGUCACGAUUCCCUACCCUCCACUAUCAGCAGUGUGCACAGUUUCCGGGAUCACACGUCUCAGAAAUACCCUCUAAAUAUUCUGCCUAGCAACCGUGCAAGAGACGCAGAGACACCAGAGAGGCAGGCAGAUCAUGUUAAGUAUCCCAAGAAAGAAGCUGGCCAGGUGAAUGAUUUGAACAACAACAUUGAGUCUGAUCAGAGCAAGCCCAGUAGAGGUAGCAGAGCCAGGGUGCGUGCACCGAUCGCCCUGGGAAGCAAUAUGAGUAUCUCAGACGUUUACGGGAAAGCCACAGAGGCUGCACUUACUGACGGACCAAUAUCGAAUAUCGAUCGCCGAGAGGUGACUGAUGUACCUGAUGUUUAUGAUGGGGAGGGGCAGUUGGGUGACCAUGGCAACAACAUGGCUCCUCGUCCCAGCAGCUCUGAGUCCAAGUGGGUUAAGGCAAGUGCUGUUCCUGUUUACAAGGCUAAACUGAUUCCUAACUAUGAAAACCAGACCAAGUUAGACCCCCGCAUUGAGGGUGGGGUCAGAGGUCAAGCUGAGGCCCCUGCUCCAGCAAGACAUGCGCCACAAGUGUCUAACAGUUCUGAUGUCUACCGACAAGAGCUGCAGAAAAAAAGUGAACAAUUUGUUGGUGGCGGGAUUUACCCGACUGUGGGGCAAUUGAGCGGGGGCAAGACAAACAGUAUUCCAGGGAUGCCUACAUCUUACACUGUACUGCCUCCCAAACCCAUUCACUAUCAUGCCUCUCCAAUUGUUGUAUCUCAGGGCCCUCAUGCUAGUUCUAAUCCUUCUGUAAAUAACGUCUCUGACUCAAAUGCCCUUCCAAGCAACCUCUCCGACAGGAAUGAUACUCACGCUGGAGAGAAAAAGUUCUCCCACAGAAUCAGCAGCCCUCAUGGAGAAGAGUUUAAGAGUAACAAGAACGGUCCCCACUUUGUUGUGAGUCCUGAUGGGAGACUACAGAUGGAGCCCACCUCAAAGGUCACGCCUCCUGAACAAGGAAGAACGCCAGCCAGGAGAAGUGCCAGUGCCCACAGCGUCUUAGACAAGGACCGGGAGACUGGUAGUCAUGAUCGCAUGACAUGGUCAGCUCAUGGAAGUCCAGGAAGUAGCCAGUCCAGGACACAUGGACGAACAUCGAGGAAGGAUAAUUGUGAAGUCAAACACACACCAACUUCCUCCCGAGAUCACCACCAGCAGGGUAAGCCUCAGAACGGACCUCCUCAGUCUGUGGGGAACUUGAUAGACAGAUUUGAGAAGAAGCCAGGAUCAAAGAUUAUGCCCAUAGGGUUGUUAGAUAUUGAUGACAAACCUCCAUCCAUGACUUCAACUCCUGUGGCCAGACGAAAGAAUCAAGGAGCAGGAGUUGACAGGAGUGGGAAUCAAACCUCCUCAGCAGGACCAUCGGAGAGAGAAAGCAGCAAGUCAGGGUCAACCAGCGGGAAGUCUAACAAACACGGCAAUCCAACCUCCGAUCCCUCCAGUCAGCAUGAUUUUAACCGCGGUCUCACCUCAUCCCACAGACAUGGAGGUGGUGGAGGCGGUCAGCACGGGUCGAAGUCUCAGUCACAAACUGUGGCUCCAUUCCUAGUCCAAGCACCUAGCACGUCCUCCUCUGGCAGACAUGGAACUAGCUCACAACAGCCGCAGCACCAGGCUCAGAGCUAUACCACCGAUAGCUAUAGCACUGGGGGCUCACAUUCCAGACACAGACAUCACGGCCAGAACUUCCAGAGUCCAGAUUUCUUCCAGCAGACUCAUCAUCAUCAGCAGCAGCUACAGCAAGGAAUUCCUCAAGAUCACAUCAUCAACGCUGGAAACCUGGAGCACCAUCGUCACCACAGAGACUCGGGGGAUAAGAAAUCAGGGAAAAGUAGUCAAAUUGGGUCUUACACAGCGAGCCCAGGUACAUCCAACCUGAGCCAUACUCCGAGCGAUAGAGUCCCAACAGAACAUAGUAGAAGCAGUUCUAGUAAGAAGUCACCACAUACACAAUCAUCCCAAGGUAAAAUGACAUCUUCUCAAGGCCAUACUCCGUCAAAUAUCAGUCGAAAUUCAUCCCAAGGUCACACCCCGUCUUCUCAAGGUCACCACCGGAGCAGUAAGGCCAGCAUGUUGUCCAGCCCUCCAGUGUCCUCGAGCACCUCAUCCCAUGUCUCCAACUACCAAUCUCCCUUCCUGCCCAAACCUGAACCUCAGUACCCUUCACAUCAGCAGGAUCAGCAAAGAAACUAUGAUCAACCCUCUUCUUCUCAACAGCCCCAGCAGCAACAAUCCACUUCCCAGUCGUCAUCAACAAGUAACCGCCCUGAACAAGAUCAGUACAACCACCAGGGCCCCCCCUCCCAGGGUUUGUUGAACAUGGCCACAGUAUCUCCUCAGUCACAACAGACCCAGUCUAGCACAACUGCCCAUUCGAGUUUCAACAACCCACAGUCUCACCAACAACAGCAACAACAACAACACAACUUUCAAACACAUAAUUCUCCUCCUCAAAAUUUCUCUUCCCACCCCUCCACCUCCCCAUCCUCUUCCUCUCAGUACCAUCAUCAUCAUCAAUUCUACAACCCACAAAUUGUCUCUAGCAACACAGCAAAUAGCAUGACAAAUGCUCCCAACAUCACCAGCAGUAAUUUCGACUCUCAUAAAUACAGUGAAGAGCUACGCAGAGCUUCCAAAUCCACCAACUCUGCUUUUGAAAGACCUCUAAAAAGUAAUCUGUCCUAUGGUCGCCAGCCAGGCGCUAUGGCUGUUGUGAAACCCACAGUUAUGCACCUCUAGAAAAAGUUUAAAUAAAAGUUAAGUUUAUACACCUCCUCAUCUUUGCACAUCUGACUAUCACAGCCAGCUGUUUCCAGUUCUCGUUAGAUAUGACUGCUACACCACCCUGACCCCCAUUGUGGCCCUGAAUAUUGUUCACUCUGUCACAUUGUUUGAAAGGGGGGAGGGUAAUCUUACAGAUGUUUUUUUUUUUGUGGGAGUCGCUUUGUUGACCCUUCCUGGUUUGAACUUUAUGAUACAAAAGAAUUUGGUUGAUGAUGAAGCAAAUAUGUAUGUAAUGUGUGCUAGUACUGCUGUUUUAUAUUGUUACUUGGUAAUUCUUGUUGCCUUAUUUAAGAAGUUUCCAUCCUGUCAUAAAUACAGUCUGUCUUUAUAAAUCCUUGCACAAGUGUCCACUUAUGUACUUUUGGGUUUUUGAAAUAUGUUGGGUUUUUUUAAAGUGAAAAGUUUGUCAAAGUGUUCUUGGUUCAAAUAUUCCAGUACUGACUCUGUUGAUACUUGUAUGUGUGUGUGUGUGUGUGUGCAUGCGUGCGGAAAGAGAGAGAGAGAGAGAGUUUUAUGUAUCAUUUCUUGCAUUGCAUAUUGACAACUCCGAGCCAACCUAUGAAUGACUAAAAUAUUCUUCACAAGCUCAGCAUUAGUUGUAAGUGUGAAAGAUUCUGAGAUACUGAGUCAAAUGAAUGGAGAGAUUUUUCUACAUGUACUUAAUCUGUAGGUACCAAUGUUAUGCAGAACACAUGAUAGUGCACUGCAGCAAAUUAGUCAUUAAAUCAUUAUGUAUUUUAUUUGACUUUGAAUGACAAAUUUUUUAACAUUAACUCCUUCACUGCCCUGCUCGAUAUUUUUAAAGUAAACCUAAGCUCGCUGGUAAGAUUAUAAAGCAGGUCUGGCAGGGGAGGAGUUAAACUGAACCAUUUCCAUGGUGUUAAUGAAAACUUUGAUUAUGCCUGCAUAAUUUCUGUGAGUUUUGAGUUUUGAAGCUCAAAAAAGGUAGAUCUACUCCUUUGGAGUUUUAAAGUCAUUACUUACUUCUUAACUCAUGGGUAUUUCUCAGAAGUAAUUAUACAUUUGUACAUUUAUUUUGUUGUCUUGUAGAAAGUCAAAGGGGCAAACUUAAUUUCAUCUGCCAAAGUUCUAGAGGUUGUUGCACCAAAGAAGCAGUGAAACUUUUAUUUUGUUUGCCGCUUUAACUUUUAAAAUACAACUCCGUAAAAAUAUAUAUGAAACCAUGGUUGUCUUGAACACAGCUGUGAGUUGGUCUUUUUCAGAUUCGUUUGCAUUUAAUUGUCUUUUCCUUAGGAACAUCAGGUAUACAAUGCAAAAUUUCUGCCGACAUGUUACAAGUGUCAAUUAGUUGUGUUUUAACCAUAUACUGUUGAACACAAAAGUCAUGAAUUCAAUUCCCAUAAGAGUAGGAUUUUUUUUUAUCUUGCUUCUCCGUCUUCUGGGAUGUAAUGUCCCUUUCAGCUUGUGGCCCUAACAGGCAGGGCAGAAGCAGCCUGCCUUGUAUAUUAUCUAAAUUGUGUCUAUGGACACAGGAAAGCAAUUGCAAUUACCAUAUUUAGAAAACUUGAUGGCAUUGUUUUGGGGUUCUGAAGAAUGUUUUCAGGACAGAUGUUUGAGCUGAGACACAUCUCAGUUUUUUUUCCUACAGCACAUUCCAUGUACAUAGCUCAAAUUGUUUUCUCGCCUCUUUGUCAAAAUGAGGUAUGUGCAUUAAACUUGAAUGAAUUAUCUUCUUUUGUAUUAUUUCAAUUCUUUCAAAGAGGGAAAGUGUUAUGAUUUUCUUUAAAAAACAGGUCAAAAUAAAGAGGUCAAUCUAUAUAUUUUUUUGCAGUUAAUGGUAGUUUUAUAGUUCCCCUCAGAGUUACAAGUCUCAUUUAGGCUGGUGGCUAAAUGCCUUCUGAGUUAAUCAAGUUAUUAUUGUCUCUGUGUUGGCUUUGUAAAGGUUGACAGAAUUUUGUCAUGAGAUAUGGUACUGUCUUCAAACAACACAGCACCCAGUGCCUAACAAGAGACUUUUCUCUUCUUUGAGUUUCUCUAUGCCUUGCCAUAUAGACCAGAACAGGCAUAUGACUUGAAAUGACACUAAGCCUAUGCCUCUUUCGCUUUACAUCCAACUAUCUUUUUUUUUUUUAUCCCAAGUUCCACUUUGUGUGUUAUGUUAGGGAGUGUGUACUGAACAUUUUUUUUGUUCGUUGAUUGAUAAUGGUAUUCUAGUAGAUGUGGCAGCAGUGCUGCAUGUCCUAUGAAGAGACUGAUUUAAUAAAACGGUAGCCACCAGCACACUUUUUGAAUCGCAAGCAGGCUAUGGGAGUCACUGUGAAGUCAGUCGUGUGAACUUUCCUUGAGGGAUACACAUCUCUUUACUUAAGUCUAUUACAAUUUACCUUUCUUCUUCUUUCCAUUUGUGCCUCUAAUCUAAUAUUUCAUUUUUACAGGUCAUGUUCGAUUGGCCUUGUCUUCGUGCAAGUCAUCAUGUGCUUAAGAUGCUUAACUGAUAUUUUCGUUUGAUUUCGUUUCAGUUCAUCCAUGAGCAUUCAUUUCAACCUUAGAGUCUGUUUCUUUUUUUUCUUCUCACUAGCUUGGAUAUAUUCCAAACUUCAUGUUGUUUUAUUUAAACUGCAUCCACCAAUUUAUUACAAGUGCACGGACAUUCUCAUCUUAAUGUUCACAAUGAAUUACAGUUGGACACUUAAACAUAUCUUGGAUUGACAAAUUUAUACGCCACACUCAAAAUUUGAGUAAACUGUUCGGCGAAAAACUGAGAAGACAUCAGUUGGGGAUUGGCAAAUUGUACGCACAAUCCGUGAUUUAGAAUUUUGCCAUGUUCGUAUUAUCUGUGCAUGACUCUAUAAAAACAGUGUACUGUACAAGGCUGAUAUGUGAUUGGCUAAGGAUGUAAAGCUUUCCAUUAGCUUCCGUUGCAAAAAGACAAGUGAAGUAGAAGAAGAGGAAGAGAAGGGAAGGAAAAAAAAAGAGGAAGAAGGAGAAAGAGGAGAAGACAGAAAAGUUUGUGAAUGGCAGUAUCCAGAAUUUUGUAUCAGGUUGUAGUAUAAAACAUUAAAACUAUUUCUACUUUACUUGCUUUACCUAUCAGAUCACAUUGUCUUGUGAGGACUAACAUAAUUUCAGCCUUAUGUCACCAGAAAUCUGUAUAAUAUGCAUGUCUUCUUUAACUUGUUUACCUGGUUUUAACAGUUUCCAUGAGAAUGGUAGGCUAUAUUGUCUGUGCCAUAGAAGAUCCAACUUAAUCCUUUACUACCCUGUCCAGAGACUGUCUUAGGCUCUUUUCGUAGUAUUUUAAAUUACACCAGGCAAAGGAAGGUUUAAGGAGGAUGUAUCACCUAUCGCUUCUGUUAAGGUCAUAAUUUUUUUUUGGUCUUUGUCAGCAGUAUUACGUCUCCAAAGACAGAGUUAAAUUAUUGUUCUAUUUAAUUUUUGUGCUCUAAAUUUAUCACAGCUAUCCAAAUUCUCUUCAGAUCUAUGUUGGGCUAAAAUCCCAGUAGGAUUCAUAAGUCGUGUAGUGUUUGUUACAAGAAAAGAAUUUCUAAUUAAGAUUUACUUUAGCCUAGAUAAUUAAAAUUAAACACUGACCUGUCACAUCAUGUAUGAAAAAAAAUAAUUGUUUUUGAGCCUUUAUCAGUGAUUCUAGCCAAAUGACAAAUGUUCUUUUCUACUUUUUAUGCUGUUGUGCAUUUUAUCUGCUUUGGAUGGCAAAAGACAUGUGCCUAUGUUUUUAUUCAUUAUCUCUCUCAAGCAGCUCAAUAUGUCUUGAUCAUUCUUGUCAAUAAUACAUUGCUGUGUAUGUCAUUCCCUUUAAUUCCAUCCCUUUCUCAUAUUAUGUCCCCCUGGUCCUCCCCCAUCACCCCUCCCUUUCCAGCCACCUGUACAGAGGUUGUGAACAAAUUCUACUGUUAUUUUGCAUUUACCGUUUACAUGUAUACCAAUACCUUUUAAAUUUAAAUACUAUAAACUGUAAUGGUUCUUUUCAUAUUUGAACUGAACUUAAAAACUUUCUUUUGCUUAUAUUACAGAUGACUGAUUUUUCAUUGAAUAAAAUGGUUGUGUUUAAAA